AUGGGUUGGUUCGACGACAACUCCGAUCAGGCCCAGGCCCACGAGCAGUGGCAGGAGGUUCAGGGCCCCGAGCACGAGGCCAAGUUCUCUCACGAGCUGCUUGCCGGUGCUGCCAGCUUCGCCGCUGCCCGCGCUUACGAGAACCACGUUGCUGCGAACGCCCCCAGCCACGCCAUGGCCAAGGAGCUCAUGGCUGGAUUCGCCGGUGCUUUCAUCGACCGUGAGGUUGAGUCCAAGGGACUGGACUUCGUUGACCGCGAGAAGGCCAAGCACCACGCUCGCGAGCAGAUCGAGCGCCAGGAUGAGAGCCAGUUCAACUACUAG